GACGCCCCCUGCGCACCUACGCCCGGCGGCCAGCGCCGGGUACCGGAGCCUGGUGGUGUGCUCUGUAGGGAUGCGGAAGGGAUUCGAUCCCACAUUUUGCCCAGGGAUCCUUUGCCUGUUGCUCUUGUCUCCGUCCCAUCCUGCGCUCUAGGAGGGGCAGUGUUUCUGGCAGGUGAUGAAUUUCUCUGCAAGGUCAUUGCUCUCUUAGGCCGGGCUUUGAAGGUAAAUGGGAGAAGACGCCUGCUGAUCGUGGGCAGGGGGAUUUAUAAUCAAUCCGGUCUGCACACUGCGAAUAUUCGAAUAUGGGGUGUGCGUGUGUGUGUGUGUGUGUGUGUAACAUUUAUCUCAUUUUCCUAUGCUUAUCCCCUUUAAGGUCAAAACACCAUAGAAAUAUAUAUUACAUAUGCAUUUAUGUAUGUGUGUGUAUACAUACGUACCUAUACAUACAUACAUACAUUCGUAUGUAUAUAGGUUUUCUUGAGGUAGGCAAAAAGAAGAAGAAGGGCGGGCAGGGGUUGAUAAAGGGAAAUCGUUGUAGAGACCUGUUCACUAAUAGAGGCGAACUUUGGAACCACAUUAAAUCAGGGUAGAGACUAGAGGUGAUAAACAGUUCUUUCAAGAUUGGCUUUAGAAGAGAUCUGAAGGAGCCUGUCAGCCAACACACACAGAAGAUCUUCAUGCUCUCCAGGCAGAUGGAGACGAUGUAAACAACAUUUCAGACGCAACAAUGGAUAGUGAAAGAGGAAAAAAAGGAGAGACUGGUUCUUCAGAGGAAUCAUCCCUGACUGUGUCAUCACUCUGAGCUUUGACUGCACUCCCCCUCCCCUACCAGUGGGAACACUACCCAAGAGAGAGCUCUGGAGUGCUCCUGAAGAGAAAUUCCAUGGGGACUGUACCUGACCCUCUCAGAUCAGCUAAAACUUCCCUGAUUGCAGCUUCCGGAAAAGAAGAGAAUCUAGGAGAGCCACAGGCUGCCUCACCUCGGCAUCAACCAGCUCUCCUGUGUAAGAAUGCCAAUGGCUUUUCAAGUGCCCCUGCAGAACCAGACCUCAGCCCCAGGACAGCUGCCGAAGCUCUGAUGCAGGUUUGUGAGCAUGAGACCACCCAGCCAGUUAUGUCUUCUCCUGGUGUCUUCAAUGAAGUGGAGAAAGCACCUGUCACAUUCAACUCUCCCGGCAAUUCCCAGCUGCCAGGGAGCAGCGAGCCCGCAGCACCCGCCCCGAGUUCUGCAGCAGGAAGGGAUCUUAUACACACACCAUUGACAAUGCCUGCCAAUCAGUACACCCGCCAGUCCAUCCCAGGUGAUCAGCCCAAUGCCAUCACCUCAUCCGCACCUGAAGAUUCCCUGAUGAGAUCACAGAGAGCCUCAAAUAGAGAGCAACCUGAGAAACCAAGUUUUCCUGUGGGAGACAUCCUCAGUAGCAGCAAAGAUCAAGUGUCCUGUGAGUUUCCUUCCCCAGAAACAAUCCAGGGAACAGUGCAGACUCCAGUGACAGCAACCAGGGUGGUCAGUCACUCAUCCUCUCCUGUAGGUGGACCUGAAGGGGAAAGGCAGGGAGCCAUCUGUGACUCUGAAAUGAGGUCCUGUAAACCUCUAACUAGAGAAUCUGGAUGUUCAGAGAACAAGCAGCCCUCUGUCACUGCCUCAGGCCCCCAAGGCACAACUUCUGUGACACCUCAACCAGCCCCCCUCACUAGCGAACCUUCGGCAUGUCCCCCAGGUCCAGAGAAGGUGCUGCUGUCAGCACAGCAUCCGAUGUCAAGGUUCAAAGAAGCCAGUACGAUGACCAGCCAAGCUGAAGGUGAAAUCAAGGAAGUUCCCAGCAGGGCUUGGCAAGAUGCGGAGGUGCAGGCAGUGGCGAGUGUGGAGAGCAGAUCCGUCUCCACCAGCCCCAGUAUCCUCACCGCAUUUCUGAAGGAAAGCCCUGCUCCUGAGCAUUUUGAACAAGAGCAGCUGCGUGUCAUUUGCCACAGCAGUGGGAGCCACACACUGGAGCUCUCUGACAGCACGCUAGCCCCCCAGGAGUCCAGCCAGUGCCCUGGCAUCAUGCCACAGGUGCACAUUCAGGCAGCUGCAGCUGUGCCCACCGCUUUCCAAAGGGAAAAUAAACUAGUGAGCCUACCAGGUGGGGUCCUUAAAACCUCGUCAAUCAAUUUGGCCUCCAGUAAUGCCCAGCAUACGUGUAAAGAAGAUGGGAGGUUAGCAGGAAUGACGCCAACAGGGGAAGAAUCAACUGCUAAAAAGCUCGCAGGUACUAAUUCCAGCUCCCUGAAAGCUACCGCCAUUGACCAGAUUUCUAUCAGUGCAUGCAGUCAAGCUGAAACAAGUUAUGGAUUGGGGAAAUCUGAAACCAGGCCAUCUGCGUUUGCAGAGAAAACCACAAACGGCCACAAAACAGACCCAGGUUGCAAACUAUCUGACUCUUGUGGCUCUAUCAGCAAAGCUGACCAUUCUGGGAGCUUGGAUCCCACUAAUAAAGGAGAUGCAAGGGAAAAGAAGCCUGCAUCUCCUCAGGUAGUAAACGAAAAAGAGUCUGCUGGCACUGAUACCUCGGAUACCAAAACCCUACUGCUCAAUCCUAAAUCUCAAGAAAGUGGAGGCACAGAAUCAACUGCUAAUCCUACACCCUCCCCAAUUAGGAAGAACCAGGAGAGCACCUUAGAAGAAAGCAGACAGACCAAGACAGCCACCAGCCUGAGCCUGCCAUCUGAUUCCAUGGGUGACUCCAGCCCAGGUUCCGGCAAGAAGACCCCAUCUCGCUCCGUCAAAGCCAGCCCACGCAGGCCCAGCCGCGUCAGCGAGUUCCUCAAGGAGCAAAAGUUAAAUGUGACAGCAGCUGCUGCUCAGGUAGGACUCACUCCGGGAGAUAAGAAAAAGCAGCUCGGUGCAGACUCCAAGGUCCAGCUGAAACAGUCCAAGCGUGUCAGGGACGUCGUGUGGGAUGAGCAGGGAAUGACCUGGGAAGUGUAUGGUGCGUCCUUGGAUGCAGAGUCCCUGGGAAUUGCGAUCCAGAACCAUUUACAAAGACAAAUCAGAGAACAUGAGAAAUUAGUCAAAACUCAAAAUAGCCAGACCCGGAGAUCCAUCUCCUCAGAUUCUUCUUCAAAUAAGAAGCUCAAAGGAAGGCAGCACAGUGUUUUCCAGUCCAUGCUGCAGAACUUCCGACGCCCCAACUGCUGCGUCCGCCCUGCCCCUUCUUCUGUGUUAGAUUGAAAGGGAGUAUUUAUGGGAGUUUGUGUAUAGAUUUAUGGUAUUCAUAUGUGUCCCUCUAUGUCAAAGCUUGCUUAGUUUUUUGCUGCAAGACUAGAAAAGAAAAGCAAGUAUUCGCUAUAGGAAAUUGCUAUUAAAAAUUGUUAGAUCCUUUGACCUGGAGCUCUAUAAACAAAAAUGUCACUUCAAUUUGAAAGAAGGAACAAGAGAAGAGAAACAAGCUUCACUGAAGGUUUGCAACCUUAAUAAAUUGAAAAUAAUACUCACUGGGUUUUUAAAAAUAUGAUGUUGUCCAUAGAAAUAGCAUUAUUAUUAUCUCAUUAUACAUGUAUUAUUUUGUAUUACUGCCUCAAUUUAACACACAAUAGUAUUCCCAUUAAAAUCCCUGCUUCAUAUUGAAAGUAGCAAAAACACUAUUGGUAAAAACAUUGUUAUAAUUUCUAGUCCUAUUGCAGUAAGAGUGCUGUAACCACACACAUUUUAAAUAGGUGAUAAGAACCAGAAUGAAAAAAAAAAAUGAGAACAAAUUUGACUCAUUCCUAGGCCAGACAACAUUAAAUAAAAGCAGUUAAAUGUGUAAAAUAUGAAAUCUGAAUUGAUGUUUGUAAACAUCUGCAGACAACUCUUUUUAUAAACCUUCUUAUAGCUGUUAAUAAAUAUAAGAAAGUUAUAUUAGGAACAUUAGCUAAGCUUUUGACUAUGAAAACUGCCUACAUUAAACAUGGAUUUAUGUAGACACAUUUUCCUGCGCUGAAGGCAAGGCGCCUCUCUGUGAUUCUGACCAAAUAUAUUAAUAUUUUCUUACCCUAGAGGAAGUACAUGGGACUGAAUUCUUGAAAAGCAUCAUCAAAUUAGGGAUAAGACUAAAUUGAUAUUGUGCAGGUGUUCUCCAUUCUACUGAGAAUGCUAAGGUUCUGGUAAGGAACUAUAAAUAGCAGAUUACCAAACACUGCUUUUUCUGUGAUGGUAAAAGCCUCAUAAGUAACAACAACAAUGUUUAAUUUAGACUCCUGUAAACAGGAUGCAAUUUGUGAUUUUUUUUAAUUGGUUCAGUAACUUCCAGUAACAAAUGUGAUCAACACCAAAUUAGAAUGUGAGCUUCUUUACAAUUUUUGUACAUAGAUUACUAUCAUCUAAUUGCUUAAGUGUAUACUCUGGAGUAAAAAGGUAACUUCUGCAAACUUACUGAUUUUAAGAGAAAUACCCAUAAUAUCCUUCAAACCCAAUGAAAGAAGAGGCCUGUACGAAAACAUGGCUUGUGAUUUGGGUGGAUUAUACUUCCUGGGACCCCGGCCCCACCGUGUCUCCAAAAGAGAUGCGUGUCCCAAGACACAUGAGUGUCCUCCAAGGCACUGGCCUGGAUGAGCAGCAUUGGCUUGAGAACUGGGGUAGUGUGGAAAGGAAAAAUGAACAACGGCCCUGGGAAGGCUUCCCUUCCUGCAGACGUUGUUGGGGAAGUGCUGGUCUCCAUGUUGCAUUUAGAAAACCAGACUUAGAUGCUGGAGGGGCACCGUUGCCCUCUUUGAACUCAUUCCCCACAAUGAACUAGAAAAGAGUAUCUAACCAUAGGUAUUCUCUCUAGAGACUCAUGUGUCCUGUGGGUACAGUCAAUCCACAGUAUCUGUUCUGGCUUUUUUCACUUUAAUUCUGUUUUGCACAUUCUGAACAUAUGCAGGAAAAAAAUCAUUCCUGAACUUUAACAGCACAACCUACACUCGGCACAACCUAAAAAGCCUUUGAUUUAUUCUGAAGCAGUUUAACUGUAGACAAAGCUUGCAUACAUGAACCAGUAUUCCUUAGAGCCUGAGAGUUGUUACAGUUGUUAUAUUUGGAAAUUAGAAGGAAUUUUUUAAUAAGGCACAUUUUUCAGUUUCUUACUCAUUGGUGUCUAUUAACAAUACUAUGUAAUGCAAAAUUUCCAUCAAAUUACCAAGCAAAUUACUAUUAAUGAUUAGAGAUUCAGCCUAAAACUCUCUCUUUGGCCCUUAAAUACCCAUUUGUAGUUGUGUUCGUGUCACUUCUGUCUCAGAUGCCUCUGCCAGGACAUAAUCUCUCUGCUAGUUCUCGCUAGCUGGCUUCUCCCUCUCACAUGGGCAUACAUGCUGUGUAUACACAGAGUACAGCCUGUGUACACAGUAGCAGCUGUCAACAGUGCCUACUCCAGAUGGGUGGCCCCAGGUAAUCCUCUGCUGUGAAGUGGCUAGAACAGGCUGUCCCUGCACUAAAAUAGGUGAGAAUAAGGAAUUUCGCAUCUGGUAAUAAUAUUUAUUUUCAUGACUUUAGAGUAACCACAUGAUUUGUAAACAGUUAAAUGAAGCAGAGGCCUGAGAGAGUUGUAGGCAUUUGUCUCACAUUAAAUACAUUAAAAUUGCUAGCUUUGCUAUUGUGGUUAUGCCUCUCAAAACUUUAAGAAAAUUUGUUUAAUGUACUAAGUUUUACUGGUUUUCUUCGGUGCUAGAACCAAAUUAUUCACUUGUACAACACUCAAGAGAUUGUCACAAAAUAUUACAAAAAUACUGUUUGUUUUGUUGCUCAUUAAGUCCUAUAGAACUGACAGCUUUUAAGGACAAUAACAGAAAUAUAUCUUCAGAUGGAUAAAUAAGAUAGGGACCUACUCAAGACAGCAGCAUUUUUAUAUUGUGAUACCUCCCCUAAGUUACUCUUACAAUAAAACCUUAUUUGAGAAUUUUCCUUCACUUCAAUCUAAGACAUAGCAUUAGGCAUUUAGUAUACAUUAUGUGUAAAACCUAAGGUUCAUUCAACAGAUGAAGUUGCAAAACAGUUUUCGUGGCAGACUCUUUGAACCUGCUCAGUUUUUUCCUUACUUUACCUGCAUGACACACAUUGGGUUGAAAGUUGCCUGGUUUUACCCUUCAUUUCUCUUAGAUAUGAUUUGGUUCUUUUCCAUGCAUUUUGUUUUGAAAUAUAUGGAGGAAAUAUUUUAUUGAAUCAAGAAUUAGAAAAUAUUCCUUAAACCAGUAGAAAAAGAUGAGUUAGAACUCCAUGUCUGGAAGACAAUUCAACAUUUAAAAUAUUAAGAUGUUCUGCCACUUAACAAGUGAUACUAAAAUUUUUAAUUUAAAGAUUGAUUGUUCUAUUUUUAUGACCAUGAGAAAAAUGUGACAGCUUUAGCUGUCAUUUGUUUAUCUUGAACGCUUUUCUAAUUAUGUAUUUCUGGAUUAUUGACUUUGAAUGCCGCAGACCAACUACUUUACAUAGAGUAAAAUAUUGAUUAACCUUUGUGCUUUGGGUCACUGGCAAAAGUUGAACCAAUUGAUAAGUCAAGGUUAACCAGAAAACUUUUUGUUCACGUCGGAAAUGAAAUAUUUAUAAAAUGUGUUAGUAUGUUUCCUGCCUUGAUAAGUUCAUCUAUAUUGAAUGUAAUUUGAUCUUUGAUGAUUUUUUUAAUCUUGAGAAUUCUCUGAUACUGUUUUGAAUACCAGUGUUCACCGUGUUAUACAGUUAAACAUAAAAAUUGAAGUAAAUUGAACUAAAUAUGCAUGUAUAACGUAUACCUUAGAGGCUGGAUUUCAGAACCAAAUUCAUAAUAGGAGCUUACUGUCUUAAAGUAGGAAGCAGAAGAGGAAAAUAGCAUUUGUUUGUAUUAUAGCGUAUUGAGGUUUCACUGUUCCUAGCUUAUACUAAUGUUUUUCCUCUCAUUUCUGGGAAUGCCUGUCAUUCUGGGAAUCCCUAUAUAUAGCAUACCAAGAACAGAAUAAGAUGUUACUUUAAAAUGUGUUUACAGAGGAUAUAUGCAAGUGUGCUGUUAAUAUAAAUUGUUUGGCCUUUUCUGCAUCCACUUUGUUACUGUUUUGCUGCCAAAAUGUGAGAAAUGUGUGUCUUCUCUUCCUCCUACAUAUUGUGCCAAGUGUUUAAAAUUUUGUCUACUCCUAGUAACACAUAAUUCACCACAUCCCUUGUCUACCUUUAUGAAUCAGUAUAAAGAAAAAGAAUACAUUAGGAUAAGGUUUGCAUAUAUGUAUAUGUGUUUUUAUUGAAAACUGGGUACUUGUAGCCUUGUGUAGACCUCUCCCUGCCUGAUUUACUAAUUAUCUGUAAUGCUGCCAUGGAGAUGGUGCUGUUGACUCUCUCCUGCUUUGUUCUAAGUGGUGUUUGAGAAAUGAGGCCUGUGAAUUUCCCUUUGUGAUAGAACAGUGAACUCAGCAGUAUCUUGGAGAAGUGAGCCAACUACCUUAUUCCCACACUGUUUUUGUCUACAUGGUGAAAUCAGAAGUCAAACAUCCUCUUCAGUGUUUGUUAUUGUACAUAUGUAUCUGAGCAUUUUGUUUUCUGUUAGCAAUGCUUCUUGAUGUUGUGCGUGUCCCUUUUUGGUGGAUUCUCUCCAAAUUCGGGUCAGCUGCUGCCGCCUGGCAAAUAACAGGGGAUAUGCUGAAUCUCCUGUCCAUCCUUGUAACAAUAUCCUUCUUAAUGAAAUUCUUCAACUGGCUGAGCAAUUGCAAAUGUCAUCUGUCCAGAUACAUGGGCUUAAGGAUGUCUAUAAAAUUUUAGACAUUUUUGCAAAUGGGAAAAAAUAGUCUUGUAAAUACUGAAACAGAUUUCCAUGAACUUUAUCCUACUUUUGGAAAGAAAACAUUUCUCCUUGGCUGCAAAAAUCAAAUAAGCUGGGUUUGCAAUGUCCAAGGACAUAAAUGAAGAUGGAUUGAAGUGGAAAAAUUCUGUCUCCCAAGUGAUCAGUGACAUCUGCCAGAGGUCAUUACAGCUACUUUUAACUGUGAACAGUCACCAGCUAAACUACUCACUUGCCACAACCAAAUAACCUCUCUCAAAGUAAAUCCAGUACAUCUGUAUAUAUGUGUAGAAAGCAGCAACAAACAAUCCUGAAACAUUACUUUUGGCUGUUAGGCAAGUAAAAGCGAUGAUAAUUAUAAACAACAUUCAAAUAACCACGGACCUUGGUUGAAAUGACUUGUGGUGGCCAGAAUGGUGCAACAAGAUGUUAUUUACAAGUUUUUUUAAGACACAACUAUCUCAGAUACUAAUAAUGAGAAUAAAGACUGUUGAAUAUGAAAUUAAAGUCAAGCAAUAAUGUGCCAAAAAGAGGCAGUUAUACCAGCAAAUGCUUCUAUUACGGGCACACCAUUAUAUAAUGAUGGUUUGCUUUAUGAAGACUGACUGUAACCCACAGGAUAAAAUAAGCAAAGGCAUAGUUUCUGCUUUCUUCCUGGAAAAACUUGUUUAGAAACUUCAUAAAGAGGUACAGCACUAAUGAUCAUUAGUAAGGAUACAGUUGGCAUCUAUGUUUGUAUGCGAGGCCAGAGUGAAGAGGAGCCACUCAAAGUCUUGCUGGCUUAAAACCCAAGACAGCUGCAACCAGAAGUUUUGUUGAAAUGGAGACUUUAAACUUCUGGUAAUUACUCUUUCUGGACACUAGCAUGUAGAAAGCAGUUCAGUUAACUCUGCCCAGAGGAUUACCAGCUUUAGCUGUGAAAAAAUGGGCUCCCGGAUGUAAAAUCACUAAAACUUGAGUACUUAUAUCCAAAGAGGCUUCAAAUGAUGCCUUACAGAAAACGAUGCUCCAGAUGGGCACUUCUAAAUGCUAACUCUUCAUCAAGUAUCUUUCUGGAUUCAAGCUCAAAAUUAAUUGGCUGCAAAAUAAUAGGAAUAAAAAAUUUUACACUUUAGAAGAAGAUACUGAUGAUCAACCUGCAUGGUAAUAAUUAUAAUGAGAUACCCCAGUGAUUUAAUGAUGUUAGAAAGAACUAAAUGGGAGAGAAAUGCUAACAACUUUCUUUAUCUCUUAACUAUGGGGAUGUCAUUCAUUUAUUUCUGGGGCGAAAAUUAUAGCUUGCUUUUUGACAUCGCUGCUAGUAUUGUUCUUUGUUGCUUUAAAAAUUGUCUUUCUUUAGAAAAACUCUUGAACAGUUAAACAAUUUUUUUCUGAUUCAUAUCAUUACUUUCAGUAACAUGUAAAGGCUGUGUGUAGAGCAAACUAUAUAAAAUGAGUAGAAAGGGCUUACUCAUGUUAAUGGCAUCCUUAAUGAUUUUAGUUUAGAUUCCUUAACAUUUAUUUUAGAUCACAUCUUUAAGUAAGUUAUUUUUCCUAAUGCUUUCCAUCGUGUCUUAAAAUGAUGCUGAUAUAUCCGGAGAUUGCAGUAUUAUAGUCAUACUCCCCGAUCCCUAGAGGAGAGGAGAGACUAAUUCUUGUUUUAAGGGCCCCUGGAGAUUCCUUUUAUUAAGGUUGAAAAAGGCCAACACAGCCUGAAAACAAGAAAAAUAUAUACUAGCAAUUAUUAAAUUUCUAAAUGUGUGUAUCUCUGCUUUACUAAUGUGUGAACAAUAUGUCAUGCAUAAUACUGUAGCUGGUCGUGGUAUGUCAAUACAUUCUGUGAGUUGUACAGUCUGAGUGAUCAGUUUUCUAUUUUUAUGUGUAGAAAAAAAUCACUUGUCAUAUCCCAUUUAAAGGCCAAUUUCUGUAUUCAGGCAGGCACAUGUAAAUACAUGAAUAAAGCCAACAAAAGUAUGCACAUGUAUUCAGUAACAGAAUUUGUCCUUUUAUUUUUGAAGGUCAGAAAGGGCUGUUUGAUCUGUUUUUUUUUUUAAUUGUCUCCUUGAGUAGGUAACAUAAUUAUCACAAAGGCUGAAUAUAGUAAUCAGUACAUUGGCAUAUUAUUAAAUAUGCCAGGGCUAAUUAACCAUGCCAUUAGUCACAGGUAAGGUCAGUUCUUUGACCACUGGGAUAAUUUACAUUCCUCACACAUCCUCUCUGUGUUAAGUGUGUGACUAGGAUGUACAUACUAUGGGUGUGAUUGUGUACAUACCUUGUAUGAAUUAUCUAAAUCCUCAAAGCAGUUGCAGGAAAGAAGGAAGAUGAAACAGUUGUUCAAAAGCCUCAAAAGGGCUAAUCAAUAUAUAUUUUCAUUUUCUACACAUAAAAAUGUAAAUAGCUUAUUCACAUAUAUAUGCACACAUAAUACAUUUUAUUUAUACUAGUAUAUUCAAAUAAAUCACAAAUUAAAACCACUAAUUGAAAGCUACAUAUUUCCAUGACUGCUCUGUUUUACAAAUAUUAUUAUUGGAUCAGAUGCCCCCCAUUUAAUGGUGUUACUCCCUGGUAGCAGAUUUUGUGCUUAGAAAAGUCCAGCCUCUGAAGCACAGAUUGGUAACUGAGUAGCUACAGAGAAUUAAUGCUGUUCUUUAAGCAUCUAAUUUUAUAUCUGGAAAUGGCAAACAGUGAUGAAAACCAAUUAUGUUUUGGAGACUCCUUUUGGAUAUGUAUCAAUGGGUUGAUUUGCACAAACCAAUAAAAACCCUACAUUUUUUGGAAAUGGAUCCCUAGAUUUCAAGCACGUAUAAUCACUCGAAGUGAAUAUGAUCACAGGCAUUCUUCUCUUGAGCUCAGCAAAACUAUACACUAUGCUUACCAACACUGAAGAGAAGUCAAAGAUUUAAAUGGAGAAAAAUGGCAGAUGAUGUUGGUGAGAUAAUAGGAUAUGAGCAAUGAACCCAUGGGUGGGGUUCCAGGGCACUUAAAUUGCCUCAUGUCUUGAGUUCCUUAAGAUGGACUCAAAUAAAAAAUUAGUAUUAUCAGUAACAGGUGAUACUGUGUGGACUAGGUAACAAUGGUAGAAUCAUUAGCUGGCAAGUGUCAACUCUGGACAAGAUUUGUCAGCUUAUCACAAUUCCAACCAGUUAAUUGAUAUUGUUGGAAUUUAUCUCAUUUCUUCUGAAAGGAAGUGCUCGAUUAGGGAUCAAAAAUUCUGACCUGGUUCUUAAAACCUAACACAAUUUGACCUUGAAUCCUUGACACUAAAAAUUACGUUGGCUGGGUAUCAGAUUGAAAAUAUGCAUGGACGCUGAGCGCAGUGGCUCACUCCUGCAAUCCCAGCACUUUGGGAGGCCAAGGUGGGCGGAUCACCUGAGGUCAGGAGUUCAAGACCAGCCUGGUCAACAUGGCAAAACCUUGUCUCCACUAAAAAUACAAAAGUUAGCUGGGCAAGGUGGUGUGUGCCUGUGAUCCCAGCUACUUGGGAGGCUGAGGUGGGAAAAUCACUUGAACCUGGGAGGCAGAGGUUGCAGUGAGCCAAGAUCAUGCCAUUGUACUCCAGCCUGGAUGACAGGGCAAGACUCCAUCUCAAAAAAAAAAAGAAAGAAAAUAUGAAUGGAAAUACCAGAAUCACCCCUGAUAGAGAACCCAUGUGGCAAAGUACAAACAACCACUUCUCAGUAGAAAGUUAAGAAUGACAUUUAAAAACAUAUUCAUGUUUUAGAGAAUGAAUGUGCCAUCUUUGUAUAUUAAAUAAAAAUAAAAGAUUAACCAGAUAUAAGAACACUACAAUUACAACUAGAGUGGCAGUGUUUUUUAACUAAUAGAAGUAUAGAUGUUUAUAAGUGCAGCAUACCUGAAAUCUUGAUGUUUGUCAAUACUUAUGGUUGCUUAAAUGACAAAUUUAUGUGAUUGUUUUUGGAAGAUGUGUAUUAAUUUAAAUAAUACCAAGAAAAAAAUAUAACUUUAAAAAUUACAGUUUUCAAUAUGAGAAUCAUUUAUGUGUGUAAAUAUUCAACUAAGAAAGAUCAAAAGUGUGGUAUAAUAUUAAAUCACUGAAGAAAAAAUAUUCAAAAUGGAAAGUCCAUUCAUGAAUGUAUUAAUAUUAAAAUCUAAAGUAAUGUUUUUUUAUAAUGUCUAUAUACAAAGGUCAUAAAAUCAUUUCAGAAAGUUCUCAUCCUCAAGAUAUUGACCAAUAAAACUUAUUUCCUAGAAAAAAGAAGAAAUGUUAUAAUUUAUACAAAGAUGAAAUAAGAUUUUGGAAUGGCAUAUACUUACACCUUCAUUUUGGAUUUGAUUUUUGAAUGGAUGCUUAAAAUUCUGAAAUUCAACUAAUGACUUAGUUUUACCCUCAAAAAAUUUAGAAUAUGAUUUUUUUGCAUCUCACUUUUCAUAAUAAAUGUAAUGUAGAUACAA